AUGUCAGAUAAAGAUGGAAUCUCAAGAUUGCCUGCAAAUUUAUAGGUGAAUACAAACCCACUUUUUUCUUUCGAUUUGAACUUUGAUAGCUUAAAGUCGUUUCUAGAUAAGAUUAGCAAUACAAUAAAUUAGCAUGCAGAAUUAAUUAAUGCUUUGUAACUUGAAAUAUAGACUAGAGAGACUAGGAAGGUGUUACCAGAAUAGUUGAGUAUUAUAAGUGAGGGAGGAAAAAUAAUGGAUAAUAAUUUAGCGAAUAUCGUUAAGAAUUAAAUAGCUAAAAGUGUAAGACCAGAAAACACUGGAGAUAAUUUAGCAAACUAAACAAAUAAAAUAUUUAAUAAAUUAACUGGACUCGGAUACGCAGUAGCUUACAACUAUAAUUCAAACUUAGAAUUUCCAGCUAGGUUUUUGUAGAUUGAAAAAGAAAUAUAAAAAAAAGCUGUCAAGGAAGAAGUAAAGGAGAAGCACAAAAAGCUGAAAGUAAAGGUAACAACUGAAAUAGAAGAAAUAAAAAAGUAUUUCGAAAAAAAAGUUGUUGAUUUAGACACUAAAUAUGCGUCUAAAAUCAAUUAAUUUGAAGACAAAGUUUAAGCCAUUGAAAAAAAGACUCUUUGGAAAAUAUAGGAUUGCGAAGAAAUGAUGAAGAAAAGAAUAACUGAAGAUUAUGUUGAUGAUUCAAUAAAAGCACUCGAAGAUAAAAUCAGAAGAGAGGUUAUUACAUUAGCUCAAAGCGAUACUGAAAAGAUUGAGAGACUUUCAGCUGAAAUUAUUUCUAAAAUGAAAAUUAUGGAAGAUAGCCAAGCAGAUAAAUUAAAAUAAGUUAAAAAGCAAAUAAAAGAUUUAGAAGAUUUAGUUAAUAGCACAUGCACUAAGUAGCCUGUAUUUGAAGAUUAUAAAAAGGUUGUUAAUGCUGCUCUCUAAGAGCUUUAAAAGAAACAAAAAGAAUUAGAAAAAUCCUAAGAUUUAAUGCCAUUAGUCGAAAGAUAGAAUAUAAGAAUAAAAGCAAUAGAUGAUAGGUUAAAUGAUUUAUAGGAAAAUCUCUCUUAAAGAAUUUAAGAUAUGACUAAUCAGCUGCUAAACAAUUAAGGUUCUAAUAAGAAAGGUGGAGAGAUUUAAGUUUUAACAAACAAUGUUGAUCCACAUAAACUUUGCCAAAUAGAAGGUGAUCUAAAUAGAGCAUUAGAAGACUUAAAAAAGUAGUAAAUAGACAUAGAUGAUAUCAAAAAUAAUGUAUUAAUAAAAUUACAAAAUAUCGACUUAAGCGUCUAUGAAGCAGGUAUGAAUAAUGGCAACAGACCUUCUGCUAUUUAAAAUGCUGGUUCAGUCCAUGGAAUGUAAGAGCUUUUGGAUCAGUUCAGAUAAUAAAUGAAUGAAAUGUAAAAUAUGAGAGAUAGAAAUGGAGGUGAUGAUGAAGAUAAAAUUAGAAAAUUAAUUUCCGAUGUUAAAGAUAUCAAUAAGAAAAUGGAAUCAAUUAAAGAUUUGGAAAAAAGGUUAUAGAGAAUAUUUAAAGAAUUCGAUAUAGGAACUAUGGCUAAAUAACUGAAGUAAAAGGCUGAUUAAGACGAUGUUCUUAAAGAUUUUGCCAUAGUUGAUACAAAAGUUAAUACAAAUAGUGAACAAAUUGGAUAUUGCAGAAAAGAUAUAGACAAUCUAAUUAUUUUAUACAAAAAGCUCCUUUAAGCUCUAUAAUAAAAUAACUCUCACGGGGAUAUCAAUUCCAUUAUCACAACUAAAAAACUUACUCCUUUCAAUCAAUUAAAUGCAUGUCUCUCAUGCGGAGUACCCAAAAAUCUUCAAGCUACAUACCCUGGAAGAGGAACAGAUGGAAAAAAUUAUAAAGUAGAUUUAACUAUAACAAAUGAUAAUACAUCGUUUGUUGAAACUAGGAAUAUAGCUCAUUAUACAUCUACGCCAAAUAUGCCUCAGUCAACAAAACUUUAAAGACCAUAAACUGCUUCAGUGUUUGUUUUUUAAAUAAUUUUAAAAAUAUGUUUUUAAACGUUUAAAAAAAUUAAUUUUACUUUUUUAAAAAUAUUUACAAACAAAAUAGUUCGAAACAAUACUUAAAACUAAUAAUAACAAUAAUAAUAAUAACUUUUUGUCGGAGGAACAUAAAAUAAAAAUACACUUUAAGUAAAUAAUUCAUAGAAUCCAAAAAGGAUGCUAAGACCAGAAAGUGCUAAAAAAUGA